AUGGCUUCCGAUCCAAACUCACCAGAAAUUUUAACAACUCAAAUUUUAGGAAAUGUUUUCAUUGCAUGUAUAGUUCUAUCAAAUGUACCUUAUUUUUAUAAAAUUGAAAAAUCAAGAGAUGUUGGAAAAUUUAAUAUAUUUCCAUUUGUUUUUAUGAUUGGUCAAGCUAUGAUGUGGGUUGCAUAUGGAACAAUAUGUGAUAUUCAAGGAUUAGUACCAGUUAAUGCAUUUGGAAUGUUAUUUAAUUUAGCUUUUAUUUUAAUUUAUAUGGGUGCGUGUACAGACAUAACAAAAAAAAGAAGAAUUAUGUUAUCUUUAAUGAUCUUUAUGUCAAUUUUAGUAUCAUUUGUUUUAAUUGUUUAUUUUCGUGCACCAAAAGAUUUACAAAGAUCAAUUUUAGGUUGGUUAACUUCAAUUUUAUUAGUUGCAUUUUAUUUAUCUCCAAUUUUAAAAUUUCCACACAUGUUUAAAAAAAGAACAACUGGAAAUUUGUCAUUACCAUUAUCAAUAGCAUCAAUAUUCGCAGGUGUUGCAUUUGGAUUAUAUGGCGUAUUUUUAGAAGAUAAUUUUGUACUUGUUUCAAAUUUUAGUGGUACAUUUUCAGGAAUUAUUCAAAUUUUAUUCUUUUUUUUUAUGAAAAUUGUAAAAAGGAUAUCACCUUUAAAAAAUGAUCAUCAAACAAAUAAUAAUUCAACAAAUAAAAAAGAUAUUGAGGAAGCUGUAGAAUAUAAUAAUAAUAAUAAUAAUAAUAAUAAUAAUAAUAAUAAUAAUAAUAAUAAUAAUAAUAAUAAUAAUAAUAAUAAUAAUAAUAAUAAUAAUAAUAAUAAUAAUAAUAAUACUGAAAUAUCACAAAAUAAAAAUCAAGAAUCAGAAACUGAAUUAAAUACAAGAGGUGAAUAG